UCUUCAGUGUAUGUCUAGUUACUGUUCUGGCGGGAGUAAUCAUUUGCAUGGUUUUUUUCUUCAUAUCUACAUCGAAAUUUUGUUGUUUUUUUUAUAAAAUUGUUUAAAAUACCUAAUGUUGUAAGUUCAUUCAAUAAUAAGGUAGCCGCAUAUUUAAAAGAAUUUCCGAAUGAAACAUUUCAAAGUGAUGGGAAAGUUUUAUACUGUAAAUGUUGUGAAAAAUCGGGGUUAUUAACUAUCAUUACGUCAGUUGAUGUGUAACGUUCAUUCAGUCAAUACAAACAUUUUACGACCAAAUCGCCGCCAUUUUACGUUUUUAAAUCUUAGAGAAUAUAUUGCAAAACACAAUAUUAUUCGGAGUAUUUAAUAAAAAUAUGAUCAAGAAAGAAGAAUUUUUGACAAAACACAAACAGCAGAAGAUUUAAGAUUGUUGAAGCGUGACGUGUGUAUAGGAAGUACUUGCCUACCGUCGAUGUAGUUAUUUAUUCUCCAAUCAUUCUCGAUCCGACAUUCAGACCUGUUGCAGUCGUCUCGAGUCGUCAUGGGGUUUUUAAGUUUAAUCGGACUCAUUGUGGUGUUAAAGUUCCUAGUGUAUUUCUUGUUGUUCUUUACCAGCGACACUGAUCUGGAACUCUGGUUUUAUGACAAGUUCAAGAGAAAUCUCGAUUCGUUUAAAGAUAAGGUAGUUUGGAUUACUGGUGCUUCUAGUGGAAUUGGAGAACACAUUGCAUUGAACCUUUCUAAACAUGGUGCCAAGCUUGUUUUGUCUGCUAGAAGUAAAGAUAAAUUAUACCAAGUUAAAAACCACUGCAUUGAACUUAGUGAAGGAAAGCUAACUGCUAAUGAUAUACUUGUAUUACCGAUGGAUGUUACCAAUAUAUCUAAACACAUUUCACUGUUUGAUAAUGUCAUCAGCCAUUUCGGCAAACUUGAUAUCCUUGUAAACAAUGCGGGUCGUUCACAACGAGCUGUGUGGGAAGAAAUUGAACUUGGAGUCGAUAAAGAAUUAUUUGAUUUAAAUGUAUUUCCUGUUAUAAAUCUAUCAAGAAUUGCUGUAAGAUAUUUUAAUCAAGUCGGACGGGGUCAAUUAGUGGCCACUUCUAGUAUUGCAGGAAUUAUACCGGCUCCAUUUUCCGCAACCUAUGAUGCAACUAAACAUGCACUUCAUGGCUAUCUUGGAGCUUUACGUCUAGAAAAAUUGCAUACUAAUAUUCAUAUUACUCUCUUAUGUCCGGGUCCUGUUUUUAGCAAUUUUCUUAAAGAAAGCUUCACGGGUCAACCAGGAGAAAAAUAUGGAUUGACCCAUUCGCCAACAGACAACAGAAUGAGUACUGAGAGAUGUGCACAUUUGUCAUGUGUGGCGAUAGCAAAUAAAUUAAAAGAAUCGUGGAUGGCAAAGUUUCCAUUUAUUCUUAUUGUAUAUUUUACAAUUUAUUACCCUGUGAUAUCAUACAAAUUGUAUGAACUCUACGGCUACAAAACCAUUAAUAAAUUGCGUGACAAUCAAUGAAUAAGACAUCAACAUUUUCAAACUUGAAGAUAUCAACGCAGUUUACGUAAAUUAAUAUUUAUUAAUUUUAUAAUUUUUUUCAACAACUUUUUAUACAAAUACAUUUUUACGUCGUA